CCUAUCAGGACAACAGAUAAACAAUGGAACCAUCAAAAAAAUAUCUAUUUGAAUACAAAGGGUAUUAUUUUGGUGUAGAAACUACACCUGAGUAUGUAGCUACCCUAGAGGAUUUUGAAAUCAAUGACAGUGACAUAUUUAUAACAACUUACCCCAAAUCAGGAACUGUGUGGACUCAGAACAUUUUGAGCUUAAUAAUUCAUGACGGCCACCGUAAUGGAACAGAAAAUGUGGAGACCAUGGAAAGAAUCCCAUGGCUGGAAUACAAUUUAAAAAAAACGGAUUAUACAAAACUUCCUUUGCCUCGUGUACUUGCCACCCACCUGCCUUACUACCUGGUUCCAAGAGACCUGAAAAACAAAAGAGGACGUAUUAUUUAUGUGACCAGGAACCCUAAGGAUGUUCUGGUUUCUUACUACCACUUCUCCAAAUUCAUGAAUACACUAGAGGAAAUACCAGAUUUUAACCUUUUUAUGGAGAGAUUUUUGGCUGGCAAAGUACUUGGCAGUUCGUGGUUUGAUCACGUUGCAGGCUGGGACAGUCAUGCAGAGGAUUUCAACAUACUCUUCCUUACCUAUGAAGAAAUGAAAAAGGAUCUCAGAAGUGCUGUGCUGAAGAUUUGCAACUUCGUGGGCAAGAAGCUGAGUGAAGAGGAAGUGGACAGUGUUGUGAGACAGGCUACAUUUGAGAACAUGAGGAAAGACCCCAGGGCAAACUAUGAGAACCUGCCAGAUGAAUGGGUAUCAAGAGACAAGGGUAGAUUCCUACGAAAAGGCACUGUUGGAGACUGGAAAAACACAAUGACAGUAGCACAGAGUGAAAGGUUUGAUGAAGUUCUUAAAGAGAAAAUGAAGACCCUGCCCAUCAAAUUUGUCUGGGAUACUGAUGAAAUGUAG